UGCGCUUUAAAGAUGAGCAGGAUCGCUGGUUUUCUGCGGCGUACCUUUGGAAUUGCACGCGAACACGUUGGGACAGACCAUUUGGGGAAUAAAUAUUACUUUAUCCCAGAGCAAAGGUCGUGGACAGGUAAAAUAAGGCCAAGCGUGGGCUCAGGGCCUUAAGGCAUGGACCGCAGGGCUUUCCACUGCAGCGCACAAGUUGUGGUUGAAAUAGGAAGGCUUGUCCGCUCCAAGCGGAUGGUGGUGCCAGCCAAUCCUGCAGAGUAUGAAUAUGUGGAGGGCAGCAUUCCGAUGGAGUGGGAUGCUUGGAUCCGAGGCAGACGGAAGGAGCCCCCCCCCAUCGAGGAGUUAAUUACGAACGAGUUCCAAAGGGAGCAGGUCAAGCUUAGGGCCAAGGAGCUGGAGGAGAAAGAUCUGGCUCAACAGGCCAAAGAGUAUGAAGAAGGUCUGGUGGCGACUCCUGCAAGGACUGUGACCAAGGGCCAUGCAGCUGCCACCAGCUUUGGCAAGCAGGAGUUAAGCGAGGAACCGACCAGCACAGCAAACACGUUCCAGCCUGGCUCCUGGAUACCCACUUCCAAGAAAUAGACUGAAGCAUCUACAGACUUGUGACAAUAGUGAAUUAAACGUAAUCCACGAGAAAUGCCCCACAAUAAACACUGUUUGAGUGCUUUUAUUUAUCCUGCAUAAACUAUGACUUCAGAAGUCAACAAGGUUGAAUCAACUUGCCUCUCAGCUUCACUGUUUAUUUUAAAGCAGUUAUAAUUGACUUGCCUACAUUUUAAAGGGGUCACCACUUUCCUGCGUAUCAGUGUACACAGUAUAUGCAGAAAUUGUUUUGAAUCUAACUUCUGGUGAUGACAAUAAUUUCAUGUGCCUAAAAAGGCCUGUAAACAAACAAAUGUUUGGUGGAAUACUGUAAUUAAUAAAUGUAACUAGUUUAAUUAAAAGCAGUGUUUUAAGUAUUUUGUUAAAGGUUAAUGCAAAAUACUUUUUAGUAAAGCAUCACCAGUUCGAGGUGAGCAUUUCUGAAUGAUAAAUUCUUCCCUCUCACUUCCUUCACUAGGCAUGAGUUGCAGAAAAAGUUUGCAGAGAAGUAACUUUUUAAAACAUCAGCAUGAAUAGAAAUAUAAUAAAAGUCUUUCUAUUGGUGUU